AUGGCUCACAUAAGUUUGACAUUUAAAUUUCAACUCUACAUUUUGCUUACGUUUCUGCCUUGUAUUCUGAGCCAACGGUGCAGCAAAAACGUGCGAACACCGUACAUUCGGACUUCAGAGACCUCAAAAACAGAACAGAAAACCUGUGCCUCUCACCGAAAUGUGACUUUCUCGUACUCGACAACAUCAUGUGAAUUGGCUUAUAACACAACUUCUGAAAUGGGUUGCUGCGAGGGAUACGUCGAGCAAAAUGGAGAAUGCAUUUCGUUGUGUAAAGACGGUUGCCCCAAUGGUCGUUGCACCGCUCCAAAUAUAUGUACUUGCAACCCAGGAUUCGUCAAAAUUAACAACGAAUGUACUCCUGAAUGUUCUGACUGCAGUGAUGGAGCAUGCGUCGCACCAAAUCAGUGCAUUUGCAACGAUGGGUUUGAAAAAGAUGCCAACGGAGUUUGUGUUCCGAAGUGUGAGAAUAUCUGCGUCGGAGGUACCUGCAACAGGCUUCGUGAGUGUGUUUGUCCCGAUGGUUAUUUUUUCAACCCGUUGCUGUUGAAGUUCGGCAUUGAGAACGGUACAGUGUGUACUACAGUCUGUGAACGGUCGUGUAGAAACGGGUACUGUCUAGGGAAAAAUCGGUGUCAAUGCUUUCCAGGAUAUCAACAAUCUAAACUGGACCCGUACGACUGCCUUCCAGUUUGUGAUUCGAACUAUGUGAACUGUUCCAACGGUAACUGUGUAGCACCUAACAAGUGCAUUUGUCACAAAGGGUACAGAUUGGAUACAAACGGAUGUACUCCAAUUUGUUCCCAAAACUGUCUAAAUGGAGUUUGUGUAGCUCCUGAACAGUGUGUUUGUAAUACUGGCUACAAGAAAGAUUCUCUAUCUGGGAAUGAAUGUGCUCCGUCGUGUUAUCCUUCGUGCACCAAUGGAAUGUGCGUCAGUCCAGGUGUUUGCCAAUGUUUUCCCGGAUUUCAAAAAUCUUUAACGCCAUCUUACAUAUGUGAUCCUAUUUGUGAUAAGAAGAUCGUAAACUGCGACAACGGAAGUUGCAUUGGACCAAAUCGUUGUAAAUGUAAUCCCGGAUUCGUGUUUCAUGAAAAUCGAUGCAUUCCACGGUGCUCUCCCGAGUGUGUCAACGGAAUUUGUGUAGAACCAAACAAAUGUUCCUGCAAAAGUGGCUACACAUCAAACUCUGAAGCGCACAUCUGUGUACCGUCGUGCAACCUUUCCUGCAUAAAUGCAAAUUGCAUCGCUCCAAACAGAUGUAAAUGUCACCGUGGAUUUGUAAAAUCGUUUAAUAACACCUCGCUCUGUGUACCCGUUUGUAAUCCGAAUUACGUUAACUGUUCUAAGGGCAUUUGUGUAGCUCCUAACAAGUGCAUUUGUAACAAGGGGUACAGAUUGGACACAAACCGAUGUGCUCCAAUUUGUUCCAAAAACUGCAUUAACGGAGUUUGUAUAACUCCUGAACAAUGUUCUUGUAAUUCCGGGUAUAAAAAAGAUCCCUCUGUGCUUAGCACUGACGCGCAUAUCUGCAUACCAUCGUGCAUCCCUUCCUGCGUAAAUGGAGAUUGCAUCGCACCAAAUAUAUGCAAGUGUCACCCCGGAUUUGAGCAGUCCUCUGGUAACGCCUCACUCUGCGAACCCGUUUGUGAUCCGAAUUACGUAAACUGUUCCAACGGCAAUUGUGUAGCCCCUAAUAUGUGUAUUUGCCACAAAGGAUAUAGAUUGGACACGGAUGAAUGCGCUCCUAUUUGUACUCAGAAAUGUCUCAAUGGAAAUUGUGUAGCUCCUGAACAAUGUGCUUGUAAUACCGGUUAUAGAAAAGAUCCCUCUGCAGGGAACCAGUGUGUUCCGUCGUGCAAUCCUCCGUGCACCAAUGGGAUAUGUACCAGCCCAGGUGUCUGUCAGUGUUUUCCCGGAUUUCAGGAAUCUUCUUCAUCAUCCUUCAAAUGUAAUCCCAUUUGCGAUAAGAAGGUCCUAAACUGUAAUAAAGGUACUUGCAUUGGACCAAACCAUUGUAAAUGUAAUCCCGGAUUCGUGUUUCAUAAUAAUCGGUGUGUUCCAAGUUGCACUCACGAGUGCGUCAACGGAAUUUGUGUUGAACCGAACAGAUGCUCCUGCAAAAGUGGUUACAAACCAAGCUCCGAUACACACAUCUGCGUACCAAUAUGCAUCCCUUCCUGCGUAAAUGGCGAUUGUAUCACUCCAAAUCGAUGUAAAUGUCACCCUGGAUUUGAGAACUCCUCUAGUAAUGCCUCACUCUGCGAACCCCUUUGUGAUCCGAAAGUAGCUAACUGCGACUUUGGAACCUGCAUCGAACCAAACCGAUGCAAAUGCGACCCAGGUUACACUUUCAGCGGCAACCGCUGCGUUCCCCAAUGCGAUCCCGGAUGUUCGAACGGCUUUUGUUCAGCUCCUAACGAGUGCGUUUGCGAGAUAGGCUUCACUAGUAGUCCAAACAAACCAAACACUUGCGUUCCGGUAUGCGAACCACCCUGUCAAAAUGCAUCCUGCGUAGCCCCAAACGAGUGUCGAUGUUGGAACGGUUACCAACCAUCCCUUCAGGAUCCCGCCACUAAUUGUGAGCCGAUAUGCGAUCCAACGUACAUCAACACAACCCACGGACAUUGUAUCGCUCCGAAUGUACUGCAGUGUGUAGCAGACUUCUACCUGGAGCAACUUCUCGACAGCAAUCUUCUCGGUUGUACUCCGCGCUGCUCUCCGGAGUGCGUCAAUGCUGAAUGUGUCCAGAACAACGACUGUAAGUGUCAACCCGGGUUUAAACCUUCCCCGCUAGCAUCAAAUAUCUGUGAUCCGAUUUGUGAACCAUCUUGCCAGAACUCAACCUGCAUUGGACCUAACGAUUGUGCCUGCUGGGAAGGUUACCAGCCUAAUCUGGAAGAACCUGAAAGCUGUCUACCGAUUUGUGACCCGGCAGUUGUGAACUGCACCUUCGGUGAUUGCAUAGCAAUCAACGAAUGCAGCUGUCUUGAAGGAUACCAGCUAAUAACCCCAGACGAUGGUGCUGUUCAAGUUUGCGGGCCCAUCUGCGUCUCAUCCUGUCCUAACGGUAUUUGUUUAGCACCAAAUGUUUGCGCAUGCCUUCCGGGAUUCAGUGAAAACACUCUGAAUGAAUGCGAACCGGUUUGUGAGGAACCUUGCACUAACGGAGACUGCACCGCACCGAAUACAUGUGCCUGUUAUGCAGGGUUUGUUCCGCUUAAUUCAACCGUUUGUGAACCGUUCUGCAAUCCGUCUGUGGUAAAUUGUACCUUUGGCGACUGCGUUUCACCCAACGGCUGCCAAUGCCUGGAAGGAUAUGAAUUAAUCGAUACUGAACAGGUAGAAAGAUGUGAACCGGUUUGUAUCGAUUUGCCUGAAAACGGUUGGUGCGUGAAACCUGGAAUAUUUGCUUGCUUGGAUGGUUAUCUACGAACGGAUAACGACACAUGCAUGCCUCAGUGUGAUCAACCGUGUGGCAAUGGAAGCUGUAUUUCACCCAACUAUUGUCAGUGUGAUGAAGGAUACGAACAGAAUAAUGAAACGAUCGGAGGAAGCUGUUUUUCGAUCUGCGAAAUGUAUUGUGAGAGUACGAACGGAACUUGCGAAGACGGUUUGUGUCUUUGUGCUGAAGGAUUUGGGACUCUAAAUAGUCCAUACUACUGUAGUCCAGUUUGUGCGAACUGUAGCAAUGGGAUUUGUGAGGCUCCAGACGCUUGCAGCUGCCUGGAGGGCUACGAGUGGAACAAUGAAGCUACCGGCUGUCAGCCAAUUUGCGAAAGCUGCGAUGAUGGGUGCUGCGCGAAUCUGGCAUGGAAUUAUUCUAGAAUAUGGCGUCAAUUGAAGCCCGAAUGGAUGGUGCCGGCAGCACUAAUUCUAGCAGCGAUUCUCGUAACUGCACUCACAGCGUACAGGAAGAUGUUAACCAGGAAGAAGAUAUUCGAAGAAGAGAGCGAUAUUUGGAAAUACUGGUAA